CCCACUGAUAAGAUCUACCAUACAUAACCCUAACGCUAUUUCAUUUGCAGAGCUUAUCCCCGCUAAGUGCAUAUCAAUCUGGCCUCAAGAGAACCUCCAUUGUUAGCAGCCUCCGGCGCAACACCAAGCUUUCCCUUUGCGAUAUCCCCACGUUUCAACAUCCAGUGCGCAAACACCGCCACCCCCCCCCAACCAGCAAAUGAACCCCCCGAGGUGACACCCUUAUUCUCACCCAGGGAAUCGACCCAAUUCCCUUCUCAACCCACCGUGCAAGAGCGCACCCACCACAUCACAAUGUACUCCUCCCUCGUCCGCCUCCAAAACACCUUCGGCUUCUUCACCACCGUCGCCUUCGUCGUCGCCCUCCUAAUCUCCGCCUCCGACUUCCUGUCCCCCCGCACCCCCACCGUCAACGUCCUCAAAACAACCCAGCUCCAAACGGUGAAAGGCCGCGCGGAUUACUACUCGUCCAAAAAGGAAGAAUACGCCAUCAUCAAAUUCACCCUUGACGCCGACCUCUCCUCCCUCUUCACCUGGAACACAAAGCAAGUCUUUGCCUACGUCACGGCCGAGUGGCCCUCGGCCCAAAACAACAAUGCGACCAACCAGGCCGUGAUCUGGGACACCAUCAUCACGGCGCCGAGCAGUGACCAUUUGGGGAAUUUUAGCCCCUCGAAGCUUAAGAGGUUGAGGAAGAGCGCCAACGGGAAGGGGAUUGAUCCUAGCCGCGGCAAACUCCAACUCAAGAACCAGCGCCUUAAGUACCCCCUCACCCACCCGACAGGCAGGCUCGCCAACACAGAAGACGUCCAGCUCAAGCUUCACUACAACGUCCAGCCCUGGGUUGGUUUCCUGUCAUGGAACCAGGCCCAGGACUGGGGCAAGUGGAAGGCGCUGAAGAAUGGGCUGAGCAAGAAGUUUACGCUCCCAGCUAUCAAGGUGAAGGAGCAGGCCAAGAAGAAGACCACAAAGGUUUAGGGGAUCUAGCUUUUGUCGGGACGAAAAAUGGAGUUAUUGAUUUAGCUAUUUGGGGGUUUGCUUCAAUUCAUUGCCGGUUUUGACAUCUCAUUUCCUCACAGGCGCUCAUAGAGUGUGAAGUUGAUCACUAUUCAAGCCCACACCAUGAAAAAUAUAUACACACUGUAUGGGAAAAAUUAACAAAACCCAAUCACAAAACGAUUCAUAAAUGCUAUGCCAAUCAAAACACACAAUU